UACGUCCGCACGCGGAGCAGAUGUCAGUCAAUUUCCCGGCGCCACGCGUGCUGGUCGUCUCGAUUGUUGAACAUUGCUCCUAGCAUACUACGUACGCAUCGCGCGCAACUUUCAAGGACUAAACAAGGACCUAAGGAUAGUCGUAAAAAUGUCUGACGCUGGCCACGGAAAAAUUGAAGAUAAUCCGAAAAUCCUCUCGGGCCCUGUGCUCACCAACUCUCCGAAUGCGGUCCUAUCAAAGACCCUGCUGGGCAGGUACAAUGACCUCCCUCUUCCCGGGGAUAAGGUGCUCGCCACUUACGUCUGGGUAGACGGUACAGGGGAGCACUUGCGAUGCAAGGAUCGCACCCUAAGCUUCAUCCCGAAACAACCAAAAGAUCUACCAGUUUGGAACUUCGAUGGCAGUUCAACGGGUCAGGCAGAUGGCCACAAUUCAGAUACUUAUUUGGUACCGCGCGCCCUCUAUAGGGAUCCAUUCCGUCGUGGAAACCACCUACUUGUCAUGUGUGAUACAUACAAGUACAACAUGGAACCAACAGAGAGCAAUCAUCGUGUGAAAUGCCAGGAGGCUUAUGAAAAGUGUAAAGAUGACGAGCCUUGGUUUGGUAUUGAACAGGAGUAUAUCCUGUUAGAUUCAGACCUUAGACCCUUUGGAUGGCCCCCAGGUGGAUUCCCACCACCGCAGGGACCUUACUACUGUGGUGUUGGUGCCAAUAAAGUCUUCGCCAGGGAUUUAGUUGAAGCCCACUACAAGUGCUGCUUGUAUGCUGGUGUGCCAAUAAGUGGCACUAAUGCUGAAGUGAUGCCAUCGCAGUGGGAAUUCCAAGUCGGGCCCUCUGUAGGUGUGACCGCAGGCGAUGAUCUGUGGAUGGCCCGUUAUAUUCUGCACAGACUGGCUGAGGAGUAUGGUGUCAUUGUUACGUUUGAUCCCAAGCCUGUGCAGGAUUGGAAUGGAUCUGGUGCUCACACCAACUUCUCUACUAAGAAGAUGAGAGAAGAAAAUGGUAUUAUUGAGAUUGAGAAGGCCAUAGACAAGUUGUCGAAGGUGCACAUGAAGCAUAUCAAAGUGUAUGACCCGCGUGGGGGUAAAGACAACGAGCGUCGUCUUACAGGCUUGCACGAAACCGCCAGUAUUAAUGAUUUCAGCGCCGGUGUUGCCAACCGUGCUAGCAGCAUCAGAAUACCGCGAGCCGUCGCUGAAGAGAAGAAGGGAUAUUUGGAGGACCGACGACCAGCUUCCAACUGUGAUCCGUACGCAGUUGUUGAUGCACUCAUGCGCACCUGCAUACUGAACGAAUAACACGUCUGUUCCGCGUCCCGGCGCGCGUCAAACUGCGCACGAGCAUAUCGCAGCUAGUGUUGCCAUACACAGAACAAUUAAACAACUAUACCAACACAAUUUACAUACAUUUUUAGAACUUUUUUUUUAUUUUCGAAUACUAUUUUUUAAUAUCUGGAAUUUGUCGCGGCUGUGGUUAUAAUCGCUUUAUAGUAGUAGUCUUUGAAUGAAAACACAUUCCGAUGUAAUACAAAAAAUGGGGAAAUUUGUCAUCCGUAGAAAUAAUGUGAUAUGAAACUUUAUGUACAAUUGUUACUGGAUAAAUAAUACGGAUGUGUUGCCAUAAGACAUAUUGCAUAUUCCGAUUGCCUUAUAUUAA